GGUGUCAUUGACUAGUACAAGUGAGAUGUUCUACGCAGCAAUUGGGGUUUCAACGGGAGUCUCCAUCCUUAUUGUAAUUUUGGUUGUUGUCUUGGUGAUUUUUUGCCGAAGAAAAAAUGAAAAGAAAAACAUCAGUAAGUACAAUGUAUAUAUAGGUAAUAUAGAUGAAACUAUUUAACUAAAAGAUAUUUGAAGUUAAAAUUAAUUACGUAUCGUUUAAUUCAGUGAAAUAGGGAAUCUAACAAAAAAGUUUACAACCCAGUUCACUGUUUAUCCAUGCAGUUUAUCCGUAAACGUGAGAACAUCCAGAAACGGUAAACUCCUUUAAAAAUAAGGUCAUAAAACAGUUAAAAAAGUAUUAAAUAUUUUUACAAGAUUCCUUUUCAUAACAAACAUUAUUUUGACAGGUAAUAGGUUGAAUGUUUGAAACUAGAACACAUCUUAUAUUAGCUAGGACGCAUUAAAACUGUUGUAUUGUAUCCCAGGUCUAUUUGUUAGACUACUAUUCAAUCUUAGAGUAUGUGGGCUCAACAAUUAAAAACAUAUAUCUCAGUGUGUAACUCUUAUUGUAAACAAAUAAUGUAUUGUAAUUUGGAAUUAUAUCAUUUAUAUCAAUUUAGGAUCAAUUUCAGAUAUUAACAAAGAAUAGAAAAUAGAAUUCUUAGUUAAUUUUUUUUAAAUUUAAUGUGAACAGAUUUCCAGAGAUAGUGUGUUCCAGUCAAAAAGUUAGACAACUACGAUUAACUUAAGUAAAAUCAUAGCUCGGUAAUCUUGCAGAACUUUUCGAAAAUACAUUUUAAACGAGUGUCAGGAAAAGUCUAACUUGAGUCUUACUUCAAGUAGAUCCAGUGUUCUGUGAUGUCACACUUUUUUGUAAAACUGUGUUAAAAUUCUUUAAAAAUUGUGCAAGGUAGUUUUAUCUAUUUUAUGUAAAUAUAAUCACAUUGAUGUAGUUAUAAUUAUUGGUAGGUUCAAGAUAUUUUCGCACUUAAUUCUAUCCUAAAUUUCCAAAUUUUUAUACAUCUUAUCUAUGCAAAGGGGAAAUAACACUUUUGUCUGACUUUUCUCUCAGGUGUAUGUGUAAUUGCUUUAGUUUUUCUUAUUCCAACGAUUACUUUUAAGGUAUUUUUGUAAUUUUAGUUUUCUGAUAAAGUUGACAUUAAAAUUCAACAAGGAAAACACAUUUCUGCCUUUUUACUUUUAACAAACAGAAAAAAGUUUUCUGAUGCUAAAACAUGCUUUAGUUUAUGUUUAUAUGGCUUCUCAAAAAGUGUGAUGACAUGUAUAUUCUAACAAAUGAUGACAUUUAAGUCUAUUAAGUUGAAAUCAGUUUGGUUUUUCAACUUUCCUCAGAGAAUUUUACGAGUAUGCAAUUACCUUAAAAAAUUACUUUAGUUACUUUAUUUAACAUUAAUAAAACAUCAGUUGUGAUAUAGUGAAAGUUAAAACUAAUUUUGCAAUAUUCUAUUGCAGACUAUACGAUUGAUGAGUGCAUGCAUCAAUACAAUGUACUUCGCGAUUAAUUAUAAACAUUAACAAUUAAAGGAACAACAAAAACGUAUAAGUGUUAAAUCUUUUACACUGUUCCAUAAGCUUGACAAUUGUUGUAGGCAUUGACCGUUCCGUCAGUCUUAAAUGGAAAUGUAUUAGAAAGAGAUAAAAGAACCUUCAUGUAUCAUCAUACCUAUCUGAAACUAUGCCAGUAUCAUCAUUCAAUGGAGUACUAUUGUUUAACUAUUAAUGGUCAUUUUAUUUUACUUUUUCAAAAUAAUUUCAUUCAAAUACAAGAUCUACUUAAUAACGUAUCAAUAUGAUAGCGGACAAUGAAAUUACACAAGAUGGGACAGAAAUGUAUGCAGUUGUUGAUAAAAGUAAAACAUCGAACAAUAAGAUGAAAGACAAAACAGGGACAAGUGGUGCGACGAAAGAUGAUUAUGGCCAUAAUAGAAAUUCAACGAGUGGAAUGUACGCAGCUGUUGAUAAAAGCCUUCCAAAACAAAACAAGUUGGAAGCUACAAUAUCGACAAAGUAUAGCACGGACAAAAAAGAAGACGAAUCACAUCAUGGUACAGAAACGUAUGCCGUUGUUGACAAGAGUAUCAUGAAGAAAGGUGGAGAAUCAACAACAAAGACCAAACUGGUUAAAACGAAGAAAAGUAAAGAGAAAAACAGAGGAAAGAAGGGAUCGUUAGAAGAGAAAAACGUAUCACCUGUAGGCUCCCGUAAAACAAAUGACGAGGGAUUAAUCUACAUUGACGUAGAUUUUACGAACAAACCCGAAAGCUCAGACACGAACCAGAAGCCCGUAAUACACGGCGAGGAAGAUCGGACAGAGUACACGUUCGUAGAUUUCUCAAAGAAAGCGUCACCUACACCGGAAACACAUGACAAAGAGGGGAAGUAGGAUAUGGAAAGGAAGAUGUUUUUUUUUUAAUUUUAGCAGUAGAAAAAAGAACAGUUAUUUAAAUAUUUUUUAAAUAAAAGUACAAUUUGGUUUUUGUUGUAUAAUAAUGGUAUCUCAAAAGGUGCGUUAAACUUAACAGAAUGGAUACUGGGAGACUCUUUCUAAAUCUUCUAAUCUUUUCUAAUCUUUCUUACGGAUUUUAUGCUUGAGAAGGCGUCGUAUUAUUACCAGGUAUAAACAAAUAAAAUAAAUACCUGCUAUCAAUAUUGGCUCUUUUACUCGUCGAAUUAAUGCUUUAAUUUUCUGUUUACUCUAGUUAUAUAGUUCAUAACUUCACUACCUAUAUAUUCCGUAUUCCGUUUGUGUUUUAUCGAUUUUAUAAUGUUUUUGCCAAGAUGAAAAAAUAGAUCAAUCAUUUUAGACCUUUCUUUUUCUAAUUGCAUUCUCUUUAUUAAUGAUAAAAAAGCAAAUGUAAAACAAUAUAACUUGCAACUCUCAUGUUGUCAUAAAUUGAUAAUUAACAACUUGAAUAACUAAUACAAUUGCGAUUUUUUUUGUGGUAUUGACUAUAACAACUCUCUGAUGGGAACAAUUCAACUAAGACAUUGUACUGUAACAUAGUUGAUUCGUCAUAGAUCACAACAUCUUUUUAAAAUCAAUUUGAUAUUAGGGUUUGAGAAUAAUGCCGAACAAUAUAAUAAGCAUGUGUAUGCAUCAAACUUAAAUUCUUAAAAGAUGCCGACCAUGUCUGGGCGCACUUUUUUGUGAUGCAAAAUAAACAUAUUGUAUUUUAAUAUUGAAUGGCAAAUAUUUUUGGAACAUAAGACACUUUCUUCAGAAUUUUAUUUAAGAUGAUUAUUUGUUUGGUAUGUUUUUAAUUUGUUAUUU